AUGGCGUCGUUUUCAAAAUUCGCUACCACUCUGCCUAGCCGCAGCUUGAGGAUACGCCGUCCUGCUCAGUGCACCGACUUCUUCUACGCACGACCUCCCCAACCCAGAUCUUUCACCCACAAGCCUUCUCUCCUCGUGGUGGCACGGCCCAUCCUACGGCCGCAGCUACCUUUCCUAUACCCUGGAAGUGCGCGCUAUGCAUACCUUGGACGAUACAUCUCCACCGAACGCAAACAGCGAUGGAAGGAACAGUUCUGGCGCUAUGUCCGCAUUAACGCAUACCUGUGGCCCGCGGCUCUUCUGCUCACUGUCUUGUCGAUGGGCAUGAUUCACACCAAGCUCGAACGAGAUUACCCGACACCACGCGAAUGGUCGUUCUGGAGCCGAUGGGGAAUGCGGGAAGCCAAGUUUACGGAACUCGCGGAUAAUGCCAAAAUAAAUGCCAUCCUCACGAACUGGGCUAAAGCUGGCCGAUUAUACUUGAGCGUCCUGGAGAGAUUGGAGAGCGAAAAGUACGACGGAACGAAUCUGAUCGCUGAGGACGGCGCCCGGGUACCAGCGCAUGGAUUUCACGAGGAGGCGUUCGACGUCAACGCCAAAAGCGAACAAUGGCGACGGGGGUACCACGAAGCAUUGAUGGGUGCUGCGCGCGUCGCGGAGAAUCUGGUGGGCAUGUGCAAGCUGAAGGGCGACGAGCGAGGCCAGAAGGUGUAUCCCAGGGAGAGCAUACCGGGACCCGAUAACCCACGGCCCAAGCCACUCCCGUUCGACAAGAGACACGGCCACGUUACACCGCCGAGUUCCGACCAAGUCGAAGAUGCAUUCCCAAGUCCUGACCUCUUCUACCAAAAGAUAUUGAACACAGCGGGUUUUGAUACUCGCCAACGCCUAGAUGCAGCUCUGGCGUAUGCAGACUGGAAUGAUUUCCGCGGAAAUAAGGACGUUGCAGAGAACACAUUCAUUCUCGCCGCCGAGAUUGCUCAACGCGGCCUGCCUGCUGGCUCUGGCAGAGUCGUAAAUGUUGGCACAGGAAUGAUACUGAAGGGGCGAGAAGACGCCGUCACCGACAAUGUACUACGAGUCUGUACGGCCUUUGGAGUACAUCACGCGAGGAAUGGAGAUGUAAAGAAGGCGUUGCCCGUUUUCCUGAGCGUGCUGCGCGCUAGGAAGAAUUUACCUGCUUCUCCUAUUGCGCCUAUUGCCACAAUGCCGAAGCCCGUGGUGGAGGAGCACGAAGGACUGUGGGCGUAUGUCUCUGCUCUGAAGGACUGGAUCAUUGAACGACCUUAUCCUCCGCCCCCACCAUCUGGAAACGAAAGGCCAUUCCACACGUUGAAGGAGGCGUGCGAAGAAGUGGGGCUAAUGACUUACAUUGGUGAGAUCCUCUUCGCGACAAGCGACAGCGAACGAGAGAAAGGUCUUAGCUGGACCAGAGACAGCGUUGAAGCUGCCGAAGCAAUCAUGUGGGUUAUGGACGAGCAAAAGGAACGGGACGGUAGAGAUCGAUGUCGCGAGUGUCUGGAGACGGGGCUUCACAAUUGGAAGGCCAUGUCUCAGCAGAUGGCUCGCCUGGCCGCGAAGAAGGAGGAGGAAAUCCAAACUGGAAAAGGUCUAUUUGGCCUCGGACUGGGUACAGCACAGCAGCUCGAGAAGGCGCGAGUUGAGAAGAGGAGGUGGGAGGAGGAAAACAUUCAGAUUGACCUGAGAAGACAGAAAACCUUGCCCUUGCUACAGGAGCCUCUACAGCCCGUUGUGGGAGGAUGGUUGUCGACCCGUGUCUGA